AUGAGCAUAAAUAAUUAUACUUCAGUGACUGAGUUCAUCCUGCUGGGACUAGCAGAUACGCUGGAGCUACAGCUUAUCCUAUUUUUGCUUUUCUCAGUGAUUUACGCAGUUACAGUUUUGGGGAAUUUAGGAAUGAUUCUUUUAAUAAGGAUUGAUUCUCAACUUCACACACCCAUGUAUUUCUUCCUGGCUAACCUUUCCUUUGUGGAUGUUUGUUAUUCGUCUACCAUCACUCCAAAGAUGCUGGCAGACUUAUUAAGAGAGAAGAAAACCAUCUCCUUUGCUGGCUGCUUCCUACAAAUAUACUUCUUUAUAGCCUUGGCCACAACAGAAUGUAUUCUCUUUGGGUUAAUGGCCUAUGACCGUUACGUGGCCAUAUGCAAUCCACUACUUUACUCUUUGGUUAUGAAUCCCACAGUCUGCCUUAAAAUGGCAGCAGGGGCUAUUACAGCAGGCUUGUUGAACUCCGCAGUUGUUACCAGUAAUAUAAGCAGCUUGCCAUUCUGUGGUUCCAAUGUCAUCCAUCACUUCUUCUGUGACAGUCCUCCUCUUAUCAAGCUCGCAUGUUCUGAUACACACCUCAUCGAAAGUCUUAUUUUUAUUGUAGCUGGUGUAAAUAUGAUAGGAGCUCUGCUUGUUAUUCUCACCUCCUACUCUUAUGUUCUCUUCUCCAUCUUUAGGAUGCACUCAGGGGAAGGGAGGCACAAAGCAUUGUCCACCUGUGCCUCUCACCUGACAGCUCUAAUUCUAUUCUAUUCCACCUCCAUCUAUACAUAUCUGAAACCUAGUGACAGCUACUCCCUCAAUCAGGACAAAGUGGCUUCAGUCUUCUACACAAUGGUGAUCCCCAUGUUGAAUCCUCUCAUUUAUAGCCUCAGGAAUAAGGAAGUAAAGAAGGCUUUAAGAAAUGUAAUGACCAGGAAAAGGAUCUUUUCAUUUUUAUGA